CACCACGCCACCGACACGGCUCUUGUUGAAAGUGAAUCGAGCCUGAGAGGGUUGGCUCGCAGCUUGUGUGAACCACAUGUGCCUUUAUCUCUGUGCGACGCUUUGAACCAUCGACAGGAUUAUAUUCAACGACAUCUGUAACUCUCUGAAAUGGCAAUUUUCAAGGUUGCCCUGAUCGCCGUGUUGGCCGUGGCCGUGACUGCCAGACCCGGAGACAAAGAUGAAAAGACGUCUCAGCCGUACGAGUUCGAAUACGAAGUGUCCGCGGCGGCCACGCCCCACUCAGGCGGCAGCAGCCACCAGGGCCACGCAGAGGCACGCGUCGGUGACCAUUCUGUCGGCCGCUACUUCGUGCAGCUGCCCGAGCAGGGUGCGCACACCCGCGUCAGCUACACCACCGACCUGUGGGGCUUCCACCCCGUUGUUUCGUAUGGCUCCAAGCAGUCGUCGACCCGUUUCGCCUUCGGUGACCGCGCCAUCGCUGCUCUGAACGCCAACCCCGGCGGACCGGCCACCAUCAACGAGCCCUCCACCGGAAGCAUCGCCGGUAACCUGCCCGUCAGCAUCGACUCGGCCGCCAAGGUUGGCCACGCCGACGUCAGCGAGACCCUGCACACGCUGGCCGCCGCUGGCAACCCGCCCAUCCCCGCGCAGCUCGAGCGCGAGCUGAACGAUGCCAAAUUCCACCUCGCUGCCGCCCAGUCCGCCCCGGCCAACCCCAACAAGGGUGCCGUCUAUGCCGCCGGCCACGCCGUCGUCAAGGCGCCGGUCGUCGCUCCCGUCCUCGCCACCCCUGCGCCGCCCGUGCAGCAGGUGCAGGUUGUCACCCCCGCCCCCGCCCUGUACCAGCCCGUUCAGCAGGCCCCAGUUUACCAACAGGCCCAAGUUUACCAACAAGGCCCCGUGGUGCAUCAGCUGGCCAUCCACGAGCAGCAGAGGAAGGUCGCCCCUGUUGUGUACACCGAGUUCAACAGCAACAACCACAUCCUGGCCAACCAGCACCCUGUGAGCGUCACCCCGGCGCCUUUCGCCGUCUCCACCACGCCAUUGCCCCUGGUUUCGCCCACGCCUACCUCUUUCUACGCCAGCCCCCACCCCCAACCCGUGGUUCACUCGUCAGGUGGCCUCUUCCAUGCCUCCACUCUGGCCCCCGCCGCCUACAGCGUCACCCCCAAGCCCCUCCUGCAGCACGUCGCUAUCGCCAGCACACCUAGGCCCAUCGUCGUAGCUGAUCUUGAGCACCAGGUUCACCACGUUCCUGUUCACGUGCCGGUCCCUCAGAAGGAGAUCGUCCACGUUGACCGCCCCUACCCCGUUGAAGUGACCAAGUACGUCGACCGUCCCGUCCAGGUGCCCGUCGAGGUCACCAAGUACGUCGACCGUCCCGUCGAGGUUACCAAGUACGUUGACAAGCCCGUCCACGUCCCCGUGGAAGUCACCAAGUACGUCGACCGUCCCGUCGAAGUGACCAAGUACGUCGAUAAGCCUGUCCACGUGCCCGUUGAGGUCACCAAGUACGUUGACCGUCCCGUCCAGGUUACCAAGUAUGUCGACAGGCCCGUCGAAGUCACCAAGUACGUUGACCGUCCCGUCCAGGUUACCAAGUAUGUCGACAGGCCCGUCGAGGUCACCAAGUACGUUGACCGUCCCGUCCAAGUUACCAAGUACGUCGACCGUCCCGUUGAAGUGACCAAGUACGUAGACAGGCCGGUCAUCAAGCACGUGCCCGUGGAGAAGACCGUUCUUGUGCAGGGCCCCACGAUCGAGAAGCACAUACCCGUGCCGGUCACCAAGGUAAUCUCCGUGGACAGACCUGUGCCUCAUCCCGUACCCGUUCCCCACCCCGUGCCCUACGCACAGUACGUGCUGAACGUGCCCUACCAGUACGGUGGUGCGUACGGCUACGGCGCCAAUUACGCUGGCAAGGUCAAAAGCGAGUCCUACGCCGACGCCGCCUACAAACUGGACGGCUGGAGGGCUAACGUGAAGAACUUCAAUGGACUGCAAACCGAGGCCAUCCUCAAGUCGGGCUAUGGAGGCGCCAGUCUGCGCACCGAGAGCGCUGACCUGAGGGGCUUCAAGGUGUCCAAAACUCUGCUGCCGGCCGCCGACUACCUGCCGCCCGUUGGCCCCACCAAGGUCACCCUCACCGUCGAGCCGCACGUGCACAGUGUGGACUCCAAGGGACGCACCCUGUGCGAACUCCAGGGCAGCUUCAAGCCUCCUUUCGUGGCCUCCAAGCUUCUCUCCACCUCUUACGACGAUGGCACCUGGUAGACUCGCAGCCGCCGUAAAUUAAUUAAGUACCUUAUCAACCCUUCAAAAGGACUGACGAUUAAAGAGUCUUAUUGGAGUCGUGAGUCGCGGCUAAUGCGAUUCAUUCAUUCUUUUAUUUUUCGGCACACUCUUUAAUGAGCAUGUACUUGACGCGCGCGCCCAUCCCGGUUUAGUGUAUUAUUUUGCUCUCUUUAUCUUUCUCUUUCUCUCAUCACACUUAUUGUAGGUAUACUACUCAUCUCUGUCCUCUCAUCAUCACGCACGCAUUAAUUAUCUUAUAAUAUAUGUAUUAGCAUGUAUUUUUGACUAACAAUGAAAAUACAGCAUCAUUUGUGAUAAAAAGUGGACAAAACACGUUACGCAUUACUGCUAUACUUGCUCUCUAUCAGCUCUCUGCUUCCUUAAGUUACGCGCCAUUUAACACACCUCGAAAUUGGUUGAAAAUGCAUAAAACAAUUUCCAAAUAGAGUCAAUAUUGGUUGAUUGUAUCAUUUUAGUUGUUAGUUUUUGUAAAUGAUAUUUUUAUUUUGUAUAUAUGCAAAUUAUGUUCAAUAAAAUUAAUUAUACAAUUA